AUGAAAAAUUUUUCAUUAAUCAAAAAUACAACAACAUCGAAUACAUCUGAUGCUAAUACUAUCAAUGGUUGUACUAAUAAUGAUAACAGUAUUAAUAUUUCUAAUUUUCAAUACCAAGGAAGUAAUUUUAAUGGUAAUAUUUCUUUAUCAGCCGCCUGCCAAUCUAAUAUUUCAAUUGAAAUUGAUAAUACGAAUGUAGAGAUGAUUGACAGUGAAACACAAAAUCAAGAUAGUUUAUGUACACCAACAGCAAUGGGCGUAUUGGAAAAUAAAAACACUGAUUUGCAAGUAUUAUUUCAAAAAGAAGCAAAACUACAGGACAACUGUAAUCAUUCGGAUACAAUAUCUGAUUCAGAGGAAGAAAACAACAACAACAUUAUCGAACGUAGCUCUGUUAAUAGCAAUCAUUUAGAUUCAAAGAUGGCUGAUAUUCAGCAUUCAAAUAUUCCUAAUUUUUCACCGAAAUCUCUUCCAGGUGUUAUAUUUAUGCAUAGUCAAGAGAUGGAAUUCGUUGAUAAACAACGUGCAGCACAUCCAAACAUAAAAUGGUAUUCAGAUGAUAUUGAUCAACAUCAAAAGCACAACGAUAUUCAUCGUUCAUCAAGAGAACGUCGAAUUCUUUUAAAGAAUAUUGAAGAUAAUGGUAAUAUUAUUGGACAAUUAAAAUGUUAUAAUAUGCAACAAAAAACAGAAAAAUAUCUAUCAACUAUAGUUGAAGUAUUUUGGUAUAUUCUGACUGAAGAAAUGCCGUUAAUCAAGUUCAAACCAUUAAUACAAUUGCUGGAUCGAGUUCAUUGCCCAGGUGUUGCGGAAUGGAUGAACUUAUCAAAUAAUAAACAGAAGUACUGGGGAAAAGAAGCUAUAUCUGAAUGGCUUUUAUCAAUAAAUGCCUAUAUAUACCAACAACAACUAGCAUCAAUUCGAAAAACAGAUUUCAUUAACCUGAUAGUUGAUGAAACACAGGACAUAUCAGUUCGAAAAAUGGUUUCAAUUUGCUUACGUUAUAUUGAAAAGGAUACAGGUACAAUACAAGAACAAUUAUUCAAAAUUAAACCUAUUACAGAUACAUCUGGAGAAGGAUGCUUUUUUAUGAUUGAAAAAUUGAUCACUCAGUUGGAAAAAGAUGCUGGCAAACGAUUUACUGUAACUGCUCAAACAUAUGACGGGGUGUCGACUGUAAAAGAUUCUGGAGAAGAUGAUUUUUACGAUGCAUUUGAUACAGUCAAAAGUACAUUAUCAUUCAUUCGUGAUAGCCCACAACGACUCGAAAUUCUACUCAAUUGUCAAAAGUUAAAUGGUACAAGUAAACGAGGACAUACAGUUCCAAAAGCAUCGAAAAUCAGAUGGAGCUACAACUAUGAAAUACUUCGUUUUACUGUUAAACAUUAUUUACCAAUUGUUCAAACACUUACAACAAUUUCACAAUUAAAGACCGAUGGUUCUUCUGAUGCUAAACGAUAUAGUGUUGUUUUAUUGAAAUAUGAAACAGUGUUCGAGAUUAUGAUGCUGCGAAAUAUCUUCAAAAUAUCAAUGAAGUUCCUUCGUCAAAUUGAAUCACGUGGAUCUUGUUUGGAUAGUUUUUCAUUACAUGUACAAGCGGCCACUGCUUCUAUCAGUAAAGUUGCUCAAGAUUUUGACUUUCAAUCAUUUAAAUCCUUAAUGUGGAAUCUUCAGCAACACGCACCAACGAUCACCGCUACUGCUCAUUCAACACGUCAUAAAAGAAAAGAAGUGUCAACUGCAAUAUUUUCAGAAGACUUUAGUGAAGAUGAUUUACGAAAAGAUGGAGAAGAAAUCGUUAUGGCGAUAUUAGAUUCAUUGUCAAAUAAGUUCGAUAGUGAAGCUAAAGAAUUAGUUGAAAAUUUAAGUAUGUUAUCGACGCCAUCUAAGUUUACACCUGAUGAAUUACUUCAAAAUGGUUUAGUUCAUACCUACACAAAUGAAAUUUCAUAUGAACAUACAAGUGUCGAUAAAAGAAAAUUCAAACGAACUGAUUCACCUUUACUAAACAUCAAUCGAUUAAAAAAAGAUGUUCACUCAUUUUUGGUACUAACACAAGAUUUAAAUACAAUUCAAUCGAUUAUACAACAAUUAGCUAAACAUGGGCAAGAACAAGCUCCUGAAUGGUAUAAAUUAUAUCAAGUGUUAGGCACCUUUGCGAUUGGCUCUAAUGAAGCCGAACGUUCAUUUUCUACACUUCGACGAAUUAAAUCUUGGCAACGUAAUCGAAUUAGUGAUAGUACGGUAGAAAUAUGUAUUAAAGCAUCAACCUUAGCGUCGUCUUUAAGUAAUGAAGCUACUCAAUUCAUUAUACGUGAUUUUAUAAGUCAUCCAGGUCGAGCAGAAUCUAGAAAUAUUACUAUUUUUAUGAACAACAGUGAUGAAGAACAAGAUAGUGAUGAUGAAUAA